AUGGUUCGACCUGGUGACAACGUUCUUGUCUGCUUGUCUGGUGGCAAGUGUUCUAUCAGCUUGCUCCACUGCCUCCGUCAUUACCAAUACCUGGAGUCACAUGGGGACCCACAGGGGGCGCCAUUUACAUUUGCUGGGAUUACGGUGGAUCCCGCGGCAAGGCGAUAUAACCCGCGAAUAUUGAUACCUUACAUGGAAGAGCUUGGUGUACGAUACCACUUUGAGUCUCGAACUAUUCCUUCUUGUGAGAUUCACAACCCCUCCUACUGCUCAAGAAUGAAGCGCAGUACCAUAUACGCGAUUGCAAGGAAGUUUGGCUACAACGUGGUUGCUCUUGCUCAGAACUUAGAUGAUAUGGCUGCCAGGUAUGGAAGAAAGCUUGUUAAUGGAUAG